AUGCUGGGACGGAGAUAUCCUUUCGACCCACCCUUGACCUUGACGGGUACCAAGCAAGCGAGGGGCGUGGCCAAGGAGCUCUUUGCCAAGUAUGGAGACUUCUCCAUGGUCGUUUCCUCUCCCUUCAUCAGGUGUAUCGAAACGGCGGUGGAGAUUUGCCGAGUCUUCCACUGUGCGCUCUGCGUGGAUCGGCAAUUGGGCGAGGUCUUCUCUCCGGCGUACUUCGGCGCCUGGGAGCCGCCGGGGCCCAAGAUGCGCAGUGCCGAGGAGAUUUGCGCCUACGUGCCCACCGACGUGAGGAUUGUUGGCAUGGACGAUGAGGGCAAACUCACCUCCGAUGGCUUCAUAGGCAACGCUCCGGAAUGGCCCGAGAAGAACGGCAAGUUACGCUUGGCCAUCCGGGUCGAAGAGCUCAGCGACAAGGCAGGAAAGCUUGGUGGUGCCAACUUGAUCCUCGUGACCCACGGGGAUUGUGUGGCCGGAUGCAUGGCAUUGACGAGCAGCAGGUCAGAGCUGACUGCACCGAUCGUCUCCAAGGUGCCGUACUGCGGUUUCGUGGUGCUGGAGCGUCCCUUCCAAGCGGAUGAGCCUCCCAAGAGCCUUUUGGAUGUGAACGCUGGAUGGAACGUCUACAAUGGUCACAUCGAGGUGGUAGAUCGAAGCGCACAGGAGCUCUUUACGUUGAGCCCUGCGACCGAGAAAAAGGCAGAGCAGUUGCAACUUUUGGCCAAGGAUCUGGCUGAGAAGCAUGCAACAUCAGAGAGUUCCCCUGCGGCUUCUGAGGAGAAGCCGCCCAGCUCCCGAUCGCUGGAGAGCCCCCGGCGGCGCGCACGGAAGGCCACGACCUUGAUCUUCGAGAACGAGCUGAUGUUGAGAAAGGCUGUGAAGCUGUUAGAGUCACAACAGGAGGUCGGACUUCGUUUUCAAGAACUGGUCCCUGACCUACCACGUGACCGUUGCAUGACAGGAGAGAGCGUCAAGGAUUUGGCGGACUACGCACGAUCAGAGAGCUUCGAGGCAACGUUGUAUGGCCGGGAGUACCGAGAGGCCUACGUCUUGGUGAUGCAGCCCAGGAGGAUUGCAGCCACCACCUUGGCCGAACGCAUUGCUGCGGAGCGGUGCCAAAAGCUGGGUGUUGAUGUGGGUUACCAGGUGCCUUCGGCCUCGUAUUCCGAGAAAGCGCGCUUGGUCUUCUGCACCUUAGGGGUCUUUCGGCGUAGGCUGCUGCUGGAUCCAGACCUGGUGGGCAUCACGCACAUCAUUUUUGAUGAGGUGCACGAACGAGACAAGUUGGCAGACUUCAACAUGAUCGUGGUCCGCGACCUGCUGGCGCGCCGCAGCGACCUGAGGUUGGUGCUGAUGAGUGCCACUCUUCAAAUGGACACCUUCGAGCGGUACUUUGAGGGUGCCACCAAGGUGAAGAUUCCUGGGCGGGUCUACCCCGUGAGCGAGCUCUUCUUGGAUGAAGUCGCUGCCACCUUGUACAAGCAGGGGCAAAAGAUGUUUCAGCUAUGGCUGGGGCCCGGAAUCUUGUGUGGCGGCAUCGACAUCCCAGCCGGCGCAGAGGGAGACUGGAACGAGCGAGCUUGGAAGACCAUUGUGUUCAAGCACACCAAGCCAGAGGACCGAGACUCGUUGUGGGGCCUUCGAGAAAAGGGCCUGGAAAGCCAGAUGCUGGCGCCGAUGUCCAAAGUGCGGUUGGUGGAUGGGCUGCGGAAGCACGACGUGCUACAGCAGUACCUCGGAAGUGGGGAAGGUUGGGAAGGUUGGCGCCGGCGGAGGGUCCGACGCGUGGGGUUUCCGUGA